AACACAGACACACGUGAGCAGCCCUUCGAUCCAAGAUGAAGUACCAUCAGACACCAGGAUACUUCAUCAACCAACACCUGGAGACACGGGGACGGGCUGGACUGCAUCCUGUAGGAUAUCGGAGGGAAGAAGAGGAGAGGAGAGAAGGAGAAAGGAAAGAAACUGUUCAGUCUGUGCCGGAACACGAAGCGGAGAGGUUUUACUCGAAGCGGUCAACUCAGUUAGCCGAUACAGUACACACAGUUGGGACUGCAUUACACCAAAGGCAAUUAUAUUUGGAUACAACAUCACACCAAAGACCAGGAUAUUCAGAUAAAACAUUACAGCACAGACCUGGAUAUCCAGAUACAACAUUACACCACGGAGAAGGAUAUCCUGAUACAACAUUACAUCAAAGACCUGGAUAUCAAAAGGAAAACCAAGACAAACUCUUUCAGACCAAUAAAAAAGAACAUCUCUUUAAUUCUGGGAAACAAGAAAAAAUCUUUCAGCUCGGAAAGGAAAUAGAGCUCUUUAAGCCCAGCAAACAAGAAGAACUCUUUAAGUCCAGCAGACAAGAAGAACUUUUUAAGCCCAGCAAACAAGAAGAACCCUUUAAGCUCAGAAAAAAAGAAGACCUCUUAAAGUCCGGGAAACAAGAAGAUCUUGUAAAUCCCAGGAAACAAGAAGAACUCUUCAAGCCCGGAAAGCAAGAAGUCAUCUUCCAGCCCGAGAAUCAAAAAGAACUCUUUAAGUCCGGGAAACUAGAAGAAUUCUUUAAACCCUGGAAAUCAGAGAACACUUUGCUUGGUAACCAGGAAGAACUCUUUAACUCUAAGAAAUCAGAAGAAAGCUCUUGUCCUAAAUUUGAGUCUGUGGCAUCCGCUAAAAAUUAUCAAGAAGAAACCUCAAGCAAAAAACUAGAACCAGCUCCGACAGUAUACAGAAGUUGUACAGUUUCCUCCAGCUGGAACUGGAAAGAUAUUUUUAGCGUCGAGCACACUGAAGAAGACCUACCCAAGAUGACUGAAGACCUCUGGUACCAUGCUCUUAGGUUCCUGGACAAAUACAGAACUGAUACAAGGAACUAUGAUAUCGAGGAACUCUACGAGUUUGCAGACAAGACAGGGAUUCUGGAAAGGCAUAAACAGCUGCUUGCCAAACCAUACCAUGACAGCCAGAUUGACAUGAAGAUCAUGUACUACGAGCUGAUCAAGAUGCUGAUAGAGUACGAGAGAAAGAAUCACCCUGAGCAGUAUGAUGCUACCAAGACAGUUGGAAAAAUCGAAGGUUACCAGGAAUUGACGAACAAGCUUCAGCGAUAUCUAAACCAGAGAUUUAUUGAAGAUAUUGAUAAACUAGGUGAUGCCCAAUUACAGUUGGGUGAGAUCAAUAUAAGCCAGCAGUUUACCACUAUACAGGAGAAUAUCAAUAAUAUCCAACAGAAACUGAUCAAGGUCGAAGAAAAGAAUUUAUCCUUAGAGGAGAACUUAACAACCCUGCAACAUCAAUACACUACAUUGAACACAGAGCACACAGAUCUCAGAGAGACACAUUUGCAUCUGGAAACCCGGGUUGGUAUUCUGGAGACAACAAACUCUUCCCUUCUACUCAAGGUUCAAGGACUCAAAGAGAAGGAGGAACAGCUAGAAGAGUUGGUCUCCGGGUUCAGGAAACAACAGGAGAUGGAGAACAGUGCAAUGAAGCAGGAGCUGGAGAAGGGGGGAAACCAGAUUUCUAAUCAUGAAGAUAGAAUCCUGGUUUUGGAAACUGAAACAGUAAAGAUGAUGGAACUCAACACACAACAAGAUGCACGAAUUGAAGCAUUGGAGAACGGAAGCCAUGCUUUGGAUAACAAGCUAAGUGAUUUGGAGUCUGCUGAUGUCUUCCUUCAGGAAGCCAAUAAGCAGCUAGCGGUACGAACUACAGAGAUUGAGAACAAAUCCAAAAAGAUUGAAGUUGACUUUAGCCAGGUUACUGAGGAGUUCCAGAAAGGAUUUACACUGAAAGUGGAAAGCAAGCUGGAAAAAAUGGAAGAAAGUCUUGAUGUUUUGAACAAGAACAAGAUCAAUAAUGAUGCGAAAAUGUCAGAUUUGAUUGCACGCUUAGAUGAGCAUGAUGACAAGAUUGAGAAUAUGCAAACUGAUAUUGAAACUGGAAAAAACAUCAUGGAAAAACUGUCAAGCACCACAGAGAAUAUUUCUGAAAUUAUUUCUCAAACUCAAAAGCAAAUCACAAAUGUUGCCGAAAAUGUAGAAAAGAACGAAAAGGACAUCACAAAUAUAUUUAGCUCCCUUGCCAAGCUAAAUUCAGAAAAUCAGGACAUGCACUCUGAAAGCAAGCUUAACAUUACGAGAAUAUAUGAAGCCAUACAUGAACAACAAAUUUCCCUGGAGAACACUAUCAAAGAGCUGAACAGUGAACAUGAUAAAGUUACGAGCUUUGAAUUGUUGAUCUCUGCUUUAACAGCAGAAACGGAUGGCCUGAAAGCCCAAAUUAGCCAUGAGAUGCAGACCAGUGUAGAGAACUUUGAAGAAGGUCAAAAUAAAUUAAAGGAAGCUUUCAAGGAGCACUUGAGUAAUUUUUCUGCUCAAGCCUCAAAACUUGAUAAGGUAGAAACAGAUGCAGAUGUCACAAAUUCUGAUCUCAAGAAACUUCUAGAAAGAUUCUCUAAAUUGCAGAAUGAUCUACAAAGUCUGGAUGUCAAACAUGUUGAAACUGUGGAAAGAAUGAAAGAGGUGACAGUUCUUGCAACAAACAUUGAAGUUCAUGUCAAAUCUCAAGAGCAAAGGAUAGAACAGCAGAAUGAGGAAGGCUUAACCAAUGUUAACAAAAAGAUUGCAAUGAUUGAAGGAGACCUGGAUACUGCACAGAAGAAGAUAGCUGACUUGGACAGCAAAGGGCUAAGUUUGUCAGGCAAUGUUCAAACAAUAAACCAAACCUUGGUUUCAAAAUUGGACGAACUCAAGAAAAUUACUGAUGACCUUGAAGCCAAACUCAGUAAUGCGUCUGCUGAUCACUCAAAGAAAAUGGAGGCGAUUCAAGACCUUUAUGCGGAAAGUACAGAUAAGAUUAAGGGGCUUGAAGAGGCAAGUAUGCAGCACUUUGAGCGUGCUCGUUACUUUGAAACUCUGAACACAAGGGUAGCCCAACUGGAUGAGAUGAGACAGCAAAGUGAAGCUAAAGCAAGAGAUGAAGUAGAUAUGGGUAUCUCAAAGCAAAAUUCUCUUGUCAAUGAGUUUAAACUGGAUGUAGACAACAAGGUUCAAAACAUAACUUUACAGUUCCAGGAAAACUUUUAUAAAUCAGAACAAGAAAAUAAUCAACUGAAAGAACAAAUUCUACACUUGAAGGCGGAAAUUGAAAAAUGCUACCUUUCAAUAAAUGGAUUAAAUGGAGAGUUUGGAAAUAUUACUGGCAAGAUCCAAGAUCUAGAAUCAGGAUUUGAUACUCAACUGAAGAAUAUUUCUGCAAAGACAGAUUAUGCUGAAAGUUCCCUAGCCAAAGAGGUUGAACAAUUAAAUGAUAAAGCAUCGGAGCUUAAUUCUAAGUUGAAGUACUUGGAACAUGAAAAUAUGAACAAUAUAGCAGAAAUAGUGGCAAUGAAGGAAGCUUCAUUUGCCCACAAUGAAAAGGUAACUUUUGUAGAAGCUCUGUCAGCCAGGGUUAGCUCAUUUGAUGAUAGCAGACAGCAGUUUGAAGAAGAUUUGAUUAGGAAAAAUGAGGAAAUGAUUGCCAAGAAUGCAUCUGCAAUAACAGAUUUGAAGCAGGAAUGUGAGGGUAGAUUGGAAAUGCUUGAAGCAGAGACCAAAAGCGGCUUUGCAAAAACUGCAGAUGCUAAUGAUGGGUUAGCAGUCUCACUAGAAAAUCUGAGAAAGGAGAAUGAAAAUCUUGGGACUUGGUUCAAGGAUCUUCAGGAAAGGCAUGUUCAGCUGAACUUCAUUUUAACUGAACAGAAUCAGACAAACCAAACCUUUGUUCUGGAAAAACAGCAGGAACUUGAAGCUAAGAUUGAAAAAAGUCUGUUGCAAUCUCAAGAGAAUAUCAAAACAGAACAAGAAAGUGGGAUGUCUGAGUUGAGGGAAAUGAUUGAGACAACUUCAAAUAAUUUGAGAGCUGAAAUUCAAGAUAAGGCAGACAAGGAGAAUGUUGAAAAGCUUGAGAUGUUCAAGAAUUCCCUGAAAAUAAUGGAAGAUAAAAUUGAAGAUGUUGCCACUGGUAUUCAAAAGGCGGAAGAGAACUUUGCAGCAAAGGUUGAUGAAAAUGUCCUGUCUCUGAGAUCCGACUUGGAAGAAAAACUUAAGGAGCAAGAAUAUGAUUGUAAAGAACUCUACAAAACAAAUGAAAAGCUUCAGAGCAAGGUGGAAAUUCUGGAAAUGGGAAUUUCGGCUCAACUUGAAGACAUUGAAAAACUGAGAGAACAGGAUGAGGUCAUAAAGCAAGAGGUUAAAGAUACCCAAGAGGCUGAAACUUCACGAUGUGCUCUAAUGCAGAAUUCCCUUGAAGAGAGGAUGAAGACUCUUGAAGAUAAACUUGACCAAUUCCAAACAAGCUUAGGUGAAUCCCAGCUGAAUCAAAAUGAGAUUAUCAUCAGGGAGAGCAAAGAAAUUAUUUCAAAAAUGAAAAUAGAAAUAGACCAAGGAGCAGCGGAAACAGACAAACAUUUCAGAGAUGGCUUGAAAGCCAUGGAGGAAAAAAUCCAAAAACUUGAAACUGAUGUUCUUAGCAGUCUGGAAAAUAAAUUAGUCCAAGAGAUAAAAGACAGCCAUUUAGUACUUAAGGGAGAAACUGGCUUGAAGAUUAAGACGCUUGAGGAUGAUAUUGAAGGUCAGAAGUUGGUUAUUGAGGACAAGUUUAACAACUGUUUGGAACAGCUUGAAUCCAACAAAGUUCAGCUUAAAACUGAAGUUGGAAACAGUUCACGAGAGUUGCUUUCAGAAAUUCAAAAUGAUUUAGAUGCAAAGUUGGCAAACAUUGAUAUCUUUGUUAAGGAGGCUGAAAAGCAUGUUGAGAACUUGAGAUCCCUGAAUGGCAAACUGAUUGAUCAGGUAAAGGAAAAUAUGAAGGGGCAUGAGGUAGAGCAAGAAAAGAUUGCAGAAAACCUGAAACAGCAAACGGAUGGGCAAUUAGAAAAAUAUAAGAAGCAAGUUGAAGAUGAGCUAAAGACCAUUAUCAGCAUUAAGGAUGAGCAUACUCUUACUUUGACCAGUAUGUCCAACACAAUAAUCUCAGUACGGGAGACCCUUUCCAAAUCUAUAGAGGAGUUCAAAGAGACAGAGAAGAGAAUUGAUGCUUUGGAAAAAGGACAAAUUGUUCAAGAUGAGGAAAUUGACAAAAAUAAGGAAACUCUAAAAGAUCAGCUUCAAGACUUAAUGGCUAAGAUAGCACUAAAUCAAUCUGAUCUUGAACAUCAUCUGACAAUUUAUGAAGAUGAAAAGAAGAUGACGCAACAGCGCCUUGAUGACUCUGGAAUCAGCAUGUCAGAAAUUGAUGAAAAACUGAGCUUCCUGGCUGAAAACAAUGAAACUAAGGACCAGACAAUAAAUGAAAUGAACAAAUCCUUUGAAACUUCCAUACAUGUGUUCUCCUCUCAGUUUGAGACCAAACUAGCAGAGGAUCAUAAAGCUUUUACUGAUAGAUUGCAGAGGGCAGAGGAUAAUGUAAGGGACAACAGUAUGGCUAUUAAAGCUAAUACAAGUCUGAUUCAGCAGAAUGGUGACAACAUUGCCAGCUUGCUCACAACAUCUGGAAAACAUGAUGAAGAAUUUGUUGUAAUUAAAGUUGAAAUUCAGAAACUGCAAGUUAAUGAGCAAAAAGAGAGUGAGGAAUCAUUAAAGAAAGUAGAAAUCUUAAGCAGCAAGGUGGAAUCAGAGAUAAAAAGGCUUGACCAAAUCAAACAUCAAGUAAGCGAUCUAGAUGAUGCAGUGACUCAUCUUUCUCCGGAUAUUAUCACCAAUGCGGAGAAGAUUCUUGUCUUAGAAGUGUUCAAGGAGAAGUUGGAAGCCUCAACUGAAAACCUGCAAAAAGAAGUUGAAGAGGUUAAAUCUGCCGAGGAAAAAUCGCGGUCAGAAAUUGAAGAGCUCAAGGAGGACACAGAGAAAUUGGGAGAAAUAUUGGAGACUCUUCAAGACAAGUUUGAUAAUUUGAAGAAGGAGACAUCUGACAGGUUUAAGGAUGACAAUACCAAAAUUGAAGAAGUAAGUGGACUCUUAUCAAACAUCAAACUCUCAGUUGAAGAAAACAACGCAGCACUUCAGAGUCAACUUCAAGAAUUAAAGAAGGACCAAGAUGCUAAGACUGUUAUUUUGGGCAAUGAUGUAAUUGAUUUGAGAAAUCAGUUGACAAAGUUUGAAAGACAGUUUUCUGAAGUUCCCCUGCAGCUAGAAGAGCAUAAAAAGAAUACUGAGGAUGAGAUUAAAAAUCUGAAAGAAAAACAGUUUGAUGAUGUCAAAAAUCUCAAAGAUCAGCUUGAUGAAUUCCUUGAUAAAUUUGCAAUUGUUCAGGCGACCCUAGAUGAAAUCAAGGCAACAAAUGUUAAGAUGGAAAACAUUGAAAAUAAUAUAAGCCAACAAUUUAAUCUGAAGAUUGCCAGCUCGAUGAUGGAGAGCAAAGAUGCUCAAGAAGAAAAUCAGAAAAGGCUAGAUGAGCUGAAAGAAAAUUUGAAUGAAGAAACUGCUAAGCUGUCAGUUAUUAUAAUGAGCAUGAAAUCAUCAUUUGAAGACAGCAACAAGCUAAUAAUAGAUGACAUUGACAAACUGAAGAGUGCAGACAAUGAGCUGAUGAAUGAAAUUAACAACAAUAAAAAUAGCUUAAACCUGAAACUGGAAAGCCUGAAUUCAGAGGCACAAUCUUUGAUUGGAAGGGUCACUGGGGUAGAGAAUGAAAAUAAGGAGCAAAAUGAUUGCAUUCUUCAUCUUGAGACAAACCAAAAAGACCAAUUGGAAAAGAUUGUUUCCCUUUAUGAAAACACAGCUGCCUAUGAAGAAAAAUCAAAGUAUGUUCAGGUUCUUGAAGCUAAAGUAGAAAAAGUUGAUGAAAUGAGACAAAAAAGUGAAAGCCAGACCAAGGAAGAUUUUAAACAAGCAAUCAUGACAAACAAGGAUAAUAUUGAGAAAUUAAGAGCUGAUGUAGACAAAUCAAUCCAGGAACUAGGAGAAAAACAUGAUGAUGAUAUGAGUAACCUAAGCUCCGCCGUAGCAGAGAUGAAAAACAAUUUUGCAAACAAUGUGAGAGAAGUAAAAGAAGAUUGCAAUAUUCUUAAAUCAGAGGGAGUUGUAUUCAAAGACACACUCACAAAAUAUCAAGAACUGCUUGAAGUUAAGCUUAAGGAAGUUGAUAAUAACACCAAUGAAAAUUCAAGAGUUAUCCAAGAUGUCAAAGAUAUGUUGAAUGAGACAAAUGAUAAGAUUGAUACUAAUCAAGCUACUUUUAAUACUGGCCUUAACAGUCUAAAAGAUGAAACUCCUGCUCUGAUAGAAAAAACUUUAGAUUUUUUCAAAACUGAUGUCAAAGAAGAAAUUACAGUCCUCAAUAAUGACUUCAAUGAGCUGAAGAAGAAUAUUGAACCACUUGAGCUAGGUUUCACAAAACUUGGAAAAGAACUGGAAGAAAAUUCUCAGAAACAAUCGGCGUCUCUGAAUGACCUCAAGAAUGUUAGCCAAGAUAUGCUUGCUGUUCUCAGGAAUGAUUUUGACGGGAAAGUUAAAGAGAUCAUGGAGUAUUUUGAUAAGCAGGGAAAAACAAUAGCAUUAAACAACACUUAUAUGAUGUCCUCUCAAGAGUUAUUGCACAACAUAUCCAUAUCUUCCACAGAGCAAGCAGAAAAGAUUGAGGCCCUAGAAUCUCAAACUGGUAUUCUAGACAACAAGCUAUGCAGUCUUGAGUCUGCAGAUCUUUUCCUACAAGAAGCACACAGAAUGCUUACAGAUAAAACUACACUUGUUGAAGCUGAAUCAAAGAGGUUGGAAGCUUCAGUAUUGGCCCAUAUGAAAAAUCAAAAAGAGGAGCAUGAAGACACCCUGAAAAGCCAGAUAACCCUCAUUCUAAAAGAUAUUGACAAACUUGAAGCGGACAAAUCCAAGGCAUUUGAAAGGAUAAAUGACAUUGAAAAUCAGGCUCAUGGCAAUCAGAAUCAGAUAACAGUCCUUGAAGCUAAAUUUCUCAACCAGACUAACGAUCUCUCAACAAAUCUUGAAACAAUGAUUGCUGAUAUGAAGACAAGCCAAGAGAACAAAUUAGAGGUUCUGGAGGAAAACAUUGUAUUGAAUAAGGCAAUUUUGCAAAACUCAAUUGAAGAUUUGAACAAUAACCUCAAGGGCAAUGAUGAAAAAAUCAAACAAAUUGAGGGUAGUCUCAAAAUUUUGGAUGUGAAACAUGUAGAAACUACACAGAAGAUGAAAGAAGUCACUGUCUUGGCAACCAACAUUGAAGUUCAUGUCAAAUCACAAGAGCAAAAGUUUGAAGAGCAGAAAGCUCUAGAUAUGACUGGGUUUGAAAACAGCUUCAAAGAAUUAAAAGAAAAAGAGGUGAUGCUCCAAGAGAAAUUGGAAAGUCUUAAAAUUGAUUGCCAGGGAACCAUGCAAAAGAUUGACGACCUUGAGUUUAAAGACAAAGAGAAAAAUGCUUUAGUUGAUGCUUCAAUUCAUGACAUACAUGCAAAAUUGCAAUCCUUUGAUGAUCACAAUAAAAUUCAAGGAGAGAAGAUGCACGUUAUUGAGAUGCUAAGUGACAGGUUGGAUCAGCUAGAUGAAUCAAGAUCAACUCAUGAUCUUCAUGUUACCACAACAAUUGAAAACCUACGAGAGGAAUAUAAAAAAAAUUUGGCUCUAAUCAACCUGGAAAUAGACAACAAGCUCACUGCCCUACAGGAUACAGAACUAUCAACGCUGCAUCAAAUCACAGAGGCUUUAAAAGGAGACUUAGUCAACCUAAGGACUGAAAACGAAGGGCAGGGCAGAAGUAUUAUAGAACUUGGCAACAAUUAUAAAGAAGUAAAUGCCAGGUAUGAGGAACAUAUUAAAAUUCUGGAAACCAAACUAUCCCAAGCACUAUCUGAAAUACAAAUACUGCUUGCUAAAGUUGAAAGCAUCGAUGAUGAGAACAAGUAUAAUAAAGAAAAGCUGGUGGCCAUGGAGGAAGCAGCAGUUACCCAGAGUGAAAAGGCAGUAUAUGUUGAAUCUUUAAUGAGCAGGAUGGAUGACAUGAGACAGCAGAGUGAGGUGAAAUCAAAAGAAGAGCUUCAAACUAAAAUUCAAUCACAAACAAAAGCUGUUGAUGAACUGAGAAAUGAAUUGGAAGCAAAGCUUGGAAGUAUUUCAAGAGAUAUCAGAGGGGAACUGGACUCACUAAAUUCUGCACAAGAGCAACUUCGCAGCAAGUUGCAUCUUGAUAACAAAGCAGCACUUGAGACCCUUGAAAAUGAACAAGAAACAAAAUUCACUGCAAUUAUGAAAAUCAUCCAUGAUCACAAAACUUUAAUAGAAAAAACUCAUUCUUCAAUUACAACCAUAACUGAAAGAAUUGUUCACACUGAAUCUUCUCAGAGUAAUUCCCAAGAAAAGAUUAUUGCAGACUAUGCCCAAAAACUAUCUGAGUUGAAGGAAAAUUUUGAAGAAAGGAUUGUGGAACUUUUUAUGCAGAGUGGAGUGCAGAAGGCACACAUUGAUAAGAAUACUUCAUUGAUUGAAGAACUGUCUGCUGAAUUCAAUUCUUCCAGUUUACAACUGAGAGGAGAAAUUACAAAUAUCAAGGAACAUCAGGAAAAUGAAAGAAACCUUAUUGUGUCACAAAUUCAAGAAGAUCACAGCUCCCUUGAAGCACUCUUUAACAGUUUGGAGACUAGGGUCGAAUCCACAGAAACUACUCUUAUCAAAGAGUCCAGCAGAAUGGAGAGUUUGGAGAAGUUCUUCCAUGGAAGAACACAGAAGGAUGAUGAGUUGUACGAAAGAGUAUUUGGAUUGGAAAAGGCCAGUAAGGAGCAUGAGGAUCUUAUUGUUAAUGUGGAGAAAUCUGCGUCUGAGAAGGCUGAAGAGUGCGAUAUGCAGCUUAAGGAUUACAAGAAGACUAACAAGGAUGAGCUCCAGGGAAUACGCGCAGAGAUGGAAACUGACAAGGAGAACCUGUGGACUCUCAUCAUUGAAAUAUAUUCUGCAUUCCGGGGGUCAACUGUUGUACUGAAGUCGGAAGGUGCAGUUAAGCACCACCAGGCGGAUGUAUUGGGUGUGUACAGGAUGGUGGAUAACUACAAUGACAGACCAGUGUACAAGCAGGACGGAGGAGAAAAUUACAUCUAUUACAGUGCUACGUCAAACAGCUGGUUGGUUGGAACUGUGGUGGGGCAUCAGUAUGGCUGGCUGCGUAAUCCAUCUGAAAAUGCUGGGAAGCGGCGCUGGAUCCCAGACCUUAGUACUGGCUGGGAGUACAGACCUCUCAUCCGCAAUAGUGAACUCAAUAACACGUGGUGCACAGACGAUGGAACUCUCAGGAUAGAGAGCCUCAGAGAUGUUGAAAAGGUGAAUGAACUUAUUAGAGAUAUCAAGAACUCGAAAGAGGUGGAUUAAAGAAUUAAACACGUUGACUCCCGAUCAGAAUUGAUUAGAUUUUAUAGUUAGGACAGAAUCAUUCAGAAAAAUAAAUUUAAUUUAAAAAGUUUCUGCAAAUCUUAAAAUAUAUUUGGUCUGUAGUCUAAACUAAAAUUAGUAAUGAAUAGUAUUAAUGAAGUAUUUAUUAACAAGUAACAACUGUAGAUUCCAGUGGGUUAAAGUAUUUCUUUUGGUAAAAACUACAUAUCAAGUCUUGACCUAAUCAAGUGCUUUAUGAUUAUUAUAAUUUAAUUGAUAUAGGAAAAACUAUUAAAAAUUGUCUUGAGACAGAUAUUUCCGAUAAAAAAGCAGUGUUUUAUUCUAAAUUCCUUGAUUUUAAAUAUUGGUAUUUUUGCAUGAUAUGUAGGUAUGCAGGUGUUCGUGCCAAACUCAAGCUUUAAUAUGUGAUAUGAUUAAAAAUUGAUACUCUAUAUAUAUUCUUGUAUUCACUGUAGAGGUUGUAAAUAAAAAAUAAACGAUAAAAUUAUA